GCGAUUGUUUAUUUCCAGCGCGUAAUUUUAAAAAUUUUCCUCUGUGCUUGAAGAGGAUGUUUGUUGUAAAACUUUUCUUAAAGUGUGGACAGUGCCUUAUAUCCGUGUAAAAAUUAUAUUUUGGAUUUCCUCAUCACUUCGUAACAUGUACAAUAAGGGCCAAGAUAACAAAGAGCUCCAAAUCCCACUGAGCGGGAGAGGCGGUUUCGGUCUGAGGUUGAUGGAGAGCUACCCGGGCCUCCCGGCACACUUUUUACACCAGCUCCAGCCUCAGUUUUUCCACCCGGUACCCUUCCCGGCCUCCGUGCCCUCGGCUUUCGCACCCCCGCCUCUCAAAGCGCUGAAACUGGAGGAUAUGCUGUCACCGAUCAGCGUCUCCGUCUCGCCCUCGCCUGAAGACCUGACCGACGAUGCCAGGGAGCCGACACCCGGAUCCGAACUCUCCACACCGGACGACGGACACCUACUUUGACAUGGCCUGUUACAAAACUCGAACCUGCUGCUCAGGAGCUUCGCGUUGGCUGCUUUUCUCAAUA